GUAGUCGAGGAGUUCGAAUGGUUGAAAGAGUACAUAGGGAAGAAUUUCAAAAGUGGUUCGCAACGAAGGUACUUAAAAUAUGGUUAAUUAUUUAUAUAAAUUUAAAUACAAAAAUUUUGUAUCCUUUUUUUAAAAUUUAAUUUAAUUUUAUAGGUAGGAAAAAUGCAUGAAGAAAAGGUUGCAACAUUGCAUCCUUCUAUGUUGACUUUAUCUCAAGAACCAGACAAACGAGUCUUGCACUUCACAUGAUAUUGCAUUAAUUGUUUUAGAUUCCACACGCAAAAGCAUGAGGCGACCAAGACAGGUCAAAAUAACAUAGUAAUGGUGCAACGUGAAGAUGGUGUUGGAAUUCCUUGCUAUGGCGUCAUCGAAGAUAUCAUAGAGCUUCGCUAUACCGAAGGCCUUCGUGUGGUGCUAUUUGAAUCCGAGUGGUAUGACACGACGCGAGAAGGUUUAGGCUACAGGAGGGAUGGCCACGGCGUGGUGACCCCUAAUAGGACAUGUAAGCGGCAUGCCGAUGAACCAUAUGUUAUGGCAUGUCAAACACUUCAAGUUUAUUAUGUGCAGUGCGUCAGAAAUCGAGAUUGGUACACGGUGAUUGAGAAGACUGAGAAAUUUCUAUAAUCUAGCCGAGGAAGAAGAAAUUCUCGAAGAACAAGCGUACCAAGAAGACACAAUUUUUGAUGAUCCUCGAAUAAUCUAGGAUGACGGAGACGAUGAUAACUUGAACUUGACUAGACUGGGUUAUGAAGAUUUUAUUUAGAUUUUUGUUGCAAUUAUACAAUGACAUUUUGUUUUAUACUUACUCUUAUUUCGUUAAGUUCAAUUAAUAAUAGAGAAUUGCAAUUUGUUUAAUACUUAUCUUUUAUUUUGUUAAGUUCAAAUGCUAAUGGGAGAUUGCAAUUUCAUUUAGUUAAUUAAUUACCCCAAUACGUACCGUACCACUGCUGUAAAGGAAGAAUACGAUGCCAUUUUGGGGGUUUCAUUCUCGGAAAGGAAAUAACAAUUUAGUGAAGGGGACAAUUAAUCCUGCUUUUCACUUUACCAAAACCUCAAAAUCACCUAUAUUGAACGUCGCUCUGCGCCGGAAAGUCUAUAACCCCAAAAUCAAAGGCGGUGUUGUUUGCAGAGGCGCUUCAGCUUUUGGAAUCAUGGACAACCAAGAAACGAGAUCGGUGCAUGCCGCGAACUCCGUCUCGUUCAUAGGAACCGUACGAACGAGACCCAGGAUGGAGGAGUUGCAUGUCGCCGGUCGAAGGACAGGAGUAAGUGGUAGUUGAAGAUGAAUCUCCAGUUGUUUCGUCUUCUCCCAAUAGGGAUUUGCUUGGGUUCUGCAUAGCAAGUUAAAUUCUUUCCCCUUAUCGAGUGUUCAAUUUUGGAAUUUUCCCAUAGAUUCACGCGUUGAAUUAAAUGUCGUGAUGAUUUAAUCCUCCCGUUGAGAUGCAUGCUAGUUGUUUCGUCUUAUUGUUCAUGCCUUCAAUUGAAUCACAAUUAACCUGGUUCAUCAAUUAAUUGCAAUACACUGAGUUAAUUCCCAGAUCAUUCGUUGAUGUGUUGUUGCACUAACCCAAUAAAAUAACGGGUAUACUCCCUCCCUUCACCGUUUACCUAAGCCAUAAACCUUUCCCCAGCAAGCCACAAUUCCAUCUAUCUAAAACUUAAACUCUCUCUCACUCUGCAUAAGUACCACUCUCGUGUAUACUCCCUCCCUUCACCGUUUACCUAAGCCAUAAACCUUUCUCCAGCAAACCACAACCAAGAGACGAAGUAUGCCUUUGUUUAUGUGUGUUUAACCAUUUUUGUAGGAUAUGUUCAUCUUCCCCUUUUCUAACAGACCUUUACAUGUAUAUGUUAGAUGGGAAAUUCAAGGACACGCAAAAAUCUGAAGAAGAAGGCGCCUGCAACUCCUACAGAGGAACAAGAAAUACCUGGACCUGCAGAAAGUGUUCAUGUUGCUCAUCAUGACACUGACCAAACAUCUGAAUUUGUAAAUGUGCCAGAAAAUCAGCAUGUGGAUCUUCCUUUCUAUGACAAUGCAAUGGAGAUUGAUGAAACGGUUAGGAGCACAGAUGGAGAAGCAGGGAACCAGAGUAAGCACUUGAUUUUUGAUAACAUCGUACUUGCACAUGUUUGCACCCUCUAUUCUUGAUCAUUUUGGCUUGAUUUUCUGCUUUCUUGGACUAUUUUAUGCUAGGUUGUGUUCCUUUGUCACAUUUCAGGUCCUAGCAUGUGAAUUGAAGCAUAGGCGCAAGUUUCAAGUCAAUCGGAGAUCAUUUGGCAAUUCGGGAGAAGAAACACGAGCAUGACCUAAGGAAUAAUGGACUUCUACCUCAUAUUAUGGACAAAUAAUCAUGGAAUUUUGUC